GAAUUAUUGUCAGAAAGAAUCCGCUCAUUUCUAUGGCUGAAUCGGCUAACAAAAACACUGAAAAGGCUGAUGAAGAAGCACUAAAGCAGGGUUUGAGAUCAGAGGAACGUCAGCAGGGGGAGCUGAGAGAAUACAGACCAACACAAGUGGAGCAGCACAACAGGGCUGACAAAAGUGUUGCUGAGAAUACAGACAAGAAGAUCACGUCACAGAACCAGACUGCCAUCAUCUCUUCCUCCGAGGACAUAAAAACCGUGUCUCCACAGCUGGAUGAGAAUGAUCAGCAGAAGCAGCUAGGCUCUGAGGUGAAUAAGACGCAGGAUCUCCAGAUUCUGCUCCAGCAGCUGCAGCGUGAACGGAGUGAUCUGCUCACACAGGUCGAGCGUCUGUUUCUCACAGAAAGUGCACAGGCGACAGACAACACAGCGCCGUGUCGCUCUUGCCAUCACAGCUCUUUGCGUAGUUUAGAGGAAACUGAAAGAAUGAAGAGCGUCCUGAAGUCCCGGAGGUCCACCAGUCCUAUUCGGCAGCCGCCUGUGAAGGGAGGAACAUAUGACUCAGAGCUGAUGAGAGUGCUGAGAGAAAGGGACGAGAUGCAGAGUAUACUGGAUAAGUACGAGCGACAUCUGUCUGAGAUCCAAGCCAACAUUCGGGUUCUUACAGCCGAGAGGGACAAGAUCAAAAUGCGCUAUCAACAGGCUCAGUCCGAGAUCACAGAACUCAGACGUGAGGUGCUAAGAUCAAUGGCAUCCCAAGGAUCCAAAUACAACGCGACAGCUCAGAGUAUGCUGAAACGCCUGGAGGCAGAGAGAGACGAGGCGAUGUCCAAUUUACAUCGCAUGAGCACAGAGAGAGACAGCCUUAGAGAGAGACUCAAGAUCUCUCAGGAGACAGCGAUUAGUGAGAGAGCUCACUUGGAGCAGAGGGUUGAGGACCUACAGAAAACUCUACUGACAAUGGAGCAGGAGCGAGCUGAGCAGAAGAGCAGACAGGCACAGAUGAAGGAGGGCAUGGUGGGUCUGGAGGAGCAUGUGAACACGCUCAGUGGAAAGCUAGCUGCUGCUGACGGGGAACUCAGCUGCCUCAGAAAUGAAUGCAACAUGCUUAGGCUUUCUAACACUCAAACUGAGAACAGCCUGAGUGAGACUCAGAAGCGUCUGAUUAACAGGAUUGGAGAUCUGCAGCGAGUGCAGAAAAAGAAUCAACAUCUGGAAGAAAAGAACGAUUCUUUGCAAAAGGAGCUAACUGUUCUCAGAGAGGAGCUGAACGUGCUGAAGAACACUGUUUUUGAACUGACCCAGCACAGGGAUACUUUACAAGAACACCUGGAGAGAAAGAAUGACCUGCUCUGCUCCAAUAAUAAACAGCUGGAUGAGAAGGAAAACUCCAUUCACAAUAUGAGCCUACAGAUUGAAGAUCUGGAAGCAAGUCUACAAGCUGUGAAGGAGACAGUGAGCAGCAGGGAUCGAGAGCUGGACCGGAUGAGGAGGAAGCUGUUGGAUUCAGAAGAUGAGCUCAAUGAUGUAGUGGAGCUCAAAGAUGCUACGCUGAGAGAUAACAAGCUGCUCAGGGAGGAUAUGGACCAAAUGUGUCUAGACAAAAAGGCUUUGCAGAUGAAAAUAGACGAGGCCGCUCAUGAGAUUGAGGUUUUGGAGAGGAAAGUGCAAAACUAUGUGUCUGAUAUCUCCAAUAUUGAAGACCAACUGUCCUCCAAGGAGCAAGAGUGUAAGGCGCUGCAGGAAUGUCAGAUGCAGCUGAGAACCUCAGAUUCAGAGAAACGCAGACUCAGAGAAAGAGUAGAAAGUCUGGAGAGAAGUCUGCAAGAGGCUAUCAGUGCUGAGCAGAGCUGCAGUGCUGAGCUCAAACAGCUGACAUCCACAAUUAAGAAACAUGAGGAAGAGCUGUGGCAGAUGCAGAGCAAGCAGUUAAACACUCACCAUGACUUGGAGAAGACCCGCGAUCUCUGUGUCAAACUGGACUCUGGAAAAGAAGCGGUCCAGCAGGAGCUGGAGUCCUGUCGCUCUGAGCUGGAGCUCCUGAGAAAGCAGCUAGCAAGCGAGCGAGAGAAAGAAUUACAAUUGCAUCUCAGCUCUCAGGAGAGGCUUGUCGAAAUCCAGCUGCUCAGGGACAAACUUGCUGUAGCUGAAAGCAAGGCGAGCACUCAGAGCAGAGAAAUGGCUCAGAUAAGGACACGGUUCUCAUUGUUAGAAGCUGACAUUGAGGCCACACGGAGGCAGCUGAACAUAGAGCGAGAAGAAAGGGAACACGCGGUGAAGGAGGUGCGUAGACUCGGACUCUCAUCAACCUUCUCCGCUCCGAUCUUGUCCUCCACCAUGCGCACUUCUCUCUCCCCUGUCCAUCACUCCCUCAGCCCUAACAGAUCCCAUUCACCUGGGCGUUUGCCUCACACCACGUCUGACCACCUGCCGCUGGGACGCUCACCUAACAGGAGUGUAACUUUCCGAAACCCCUAUGACUAAGCAGAUGUGGACCGGACAGCGUUGGAAGCACAACAAUUGUACUGUGACACCACUAUGAGCCUGCUUUUUUUAAAUAAAGCAUUUUAUAUUUGAAUCUACUUUAUUUGAGUCACUCUUGGAGUGACAACACUGAAUAUCUAACAGUAAUUUA